CCUUCUUUCUUCAUCACAAUCUCUCAAUCCUCAAAGAAGAGUAAGAAUCUGCAGGAGAGAGCGCUCAUGGCGACGAGAACAAACAUGCCUGAGCAAGUCAGAGGUGUUCCCGUCGCAGAUGGUGUAAAGAAAAACGGCGCCGUAAAGAACCGUCGUGCUCUCGGUGACAUCGGAAACCACCUCGUCGCCGUUCCCUUAGCCCAAGGAGGCAAGCCCAUUAACAGGCCCAUUACCCGAAGCUUCCGGGCCCAGCUACUAGCAAACGCCAACGGUGGUGAGAACAAGGCUCCGGUUCUUGCAGCCAAGAAGCCACAACCUCUUGUUCCAAAGAAGAAUCUAGCCGUCAAGAAGGAAGCUGCACCAGCAGCAGCAGUGUCACCUCCCAAGAACAAGAAGGUGACUUACUCAUCGGUUCUCAGCGCUCGUAGCAAAGCCGCUUGUGGUGUAGUAACCAACAAGCCCAAGAAGAUUCUUGAUAUUGAUGAGUCUGAUAAAGACAACCACUUGGCUGCGGUGGAGUACGUUGAGGAUAUGUACUCUUUCUACAAAGAGGUUGAGAAGGAGAGCCAGCCGAAGAUGUAUAUGCACAUUCAGACGGAGAUGAAUGAGAAGAUGAGAGCCAUCUUGGUUGAUUGGCUGUUGGAAGUUAACGUCAAGUUUGAGCUUAACUUGGAGACGCUUUACCUCACUGUCAACAUCAUUGAUCGGUUCCUGUCUGUGAAAGCUGUUCCGAAACGUGAGUUGCAGCUUGUGGGAAUCAGUGCCUUGCUUAUUGCUUCCAAGUACGAAGAGAUCUGGCCGCCUCAGGUGAAUGAUUUGGUGUAUGUGACGGAUAAUGCUUACAACAGCAAGCAGAUUCUGGUGAUGGAGAAGACUAUCCUUGGGAACCUUGAGUGGUACUUGACGGUUCCGACUCAGUACGUGUUCCUUGUCCGAUUCAUUAAAGCCUCUGUGUCUGACCCAGAGAUGGAGAACAUGGUUCACUUUCUUGCUGAGCUGGGGAUGAUGCAUUACGACACGUUGAAGUUCUGUCCCUCAAUGCUAGCUGCUUCAGCUGUUUACACAGCGAGAUGCUCUUUGAACAAGUCGCCAGCCUGGACAGAUACAUUGAAGUUUCACACAGGAUACUCUGAAUCUGAGAUUAUGGAAUGCUCAAAGGUUCUAGCGUUACAUCACUCGAGAUGCGGAGAGAGCAAGCUACGUGCUGUGUACAAGAAGUACUCAAAGAUCGAGAACGGAGGCGUUGCGUUGGUUUCACCGGCCAAGUCUCUCUUGAGUCCUGCUGCUGAUGUGAAGAAGCCUCUUUCUGCUUAAAGUGAUUUUUGUGUGUGUGUGUUUUCAUCAGAUGUCUCUCUGAUUCAAGUUUUAAGAUUUGACUUUUGCUUA